GCUGGGAUGCCUGAGUCUCCUCUCAGUCCCACGGCAGCCCGUCAAACUCCAGCCGCCAGCAGCCUGCUCAGUCACACAGACAACAGUGCGGCAGAGACGGUUGUUAAUGGGGACUCCUGCCGUGGAGUGAGUGGUGAAAACUGGCAGAGUCUCCACCAUAAACAGGUGUGUCUGGCGAUGAUGUCUCCUCGGCAGAUUCAACAGCUGCUCUCUCCAAACCAGCUGCAGGCUCUGAUCCAGCACAAGCAACAAGCUCUUCUGCUCCAACAGCAACAUCUGAAAGAGUUUUACAAGACUCAACAACAAAAGAUUCACCUGCAGCUGCUUCAACAGCAACCCAGCAAGAAAGUCAAGGAGCUCCCUGCACAGCAGCUGGUGUUCCAGCAGCUCCUCGUCACUGCUCUUUACAUUUAUUACAAGGUGGGUUUCAGCCCAGCAGAGUUGCAGCAGAUAUGGAAGGAGCUGACAAAUGGAUUCACUGAAGAUAAAACCACGAUUAAGAGCAAUUAUGACUCUUCCACUAACGACACCAGGUCGACACAAGUCAGGGGCAGACAGGCCGAUGUCCAGCCGUCUCCCUCUCCUCGCACGACCGAAUGUGCUGAUCGUGCCGCUUCACAUGUUCUCUACAGUCAUGGUGUGUGUAACUGGCCCGGAUGUGAGACCACGUGUGAGAACUUGAACCAGUUCAUCAGGCACAUAGGCAGUGAACACACUCUGGAUGACAGGAGCACAGCGCAGUGCAGAGUCCAGAUGCAGGUGGUUCAGCAGCUGGAGCUUCAGCUCUGCAAAGAGCGGCAGCGUCUGCGGGCGAUGACGGCUCACCUGCAUCUGCCCUCUCCAGAAGCUCAGACUGAUAUGGCUGCUGACCCACAAGCUCCAAAGCUCGGGUCCGUCACCAGCGACCUGACCUCGCUGAGCUCCUCGGACGGGGCACAAGUUUCUCCGCUCCAAUCUCUGGGUCCUGUCAGCUCUCCAUCCCAGGGCUGUGAGGAGGAGUCGCCCCCCCACACAGGAUGUGCCGGGGCCAUGAGACGUCGUCAGCACCCUCUGGUCUACUCGCUGUCCUCAGAAAAUGAGUAUGAGCUUUACAAGAACAGUGACAUCAGACCACCGUUCACCUACGCAACACUGAUCAGACAGGCGAUUAUGGAGGCACCAGACAUGCAGCUGACGCUCAAUGAGAUCUACAACUGGUUCACACGGACGUUCGCUUAUUUCAGACGCAACGCUGCCACGUGGAAGAACGCUGUGCGCCACAACCUGAGUCUGCACAAGUGCUUUGUGCGGGUGGAGAAUGUGAAAGGUGCCGUGUGGACGGUGGAUGAGGUGGAAUUCCAGAGGAGGAGAUCCCAGAAGAUCACAGGGAGUCCAUCACUUAUUAAGAAUGGGACCUCGAACCUUGCUUUGGGGGCAGCUCUGACUGCCAGUUUACAGACAGCGCUGGCUGACACAUCACUGCCAGGAUUCACGAAGGAAAGUGUGAGCAGGAACUCCAGGAGUCAAACACAGGAGAGCAACGGCCACAGUCACCAAAAUAUCUCUGCACGUGUCCAGCAGUCUCUUUUCCUCAAAGACGAAAAACUGAAUCUGGAUGAACCAGAGCGUCAGAUGGCGGCGGUGAAACCAGUCACUCUGCAGCAUGGCAGGACUGGAAAUGACCAGGAGCACUUGUUCGAACUCGAAUGA